CGCAAAGACCCGAUUCACUGCGAAACCGCGGACACGAGAGGAGCUGUGCGCUAUUACGCACGGUUAACCUCUCCAUAACGGCACAAGAGCGCAUUUGGAUUGUCUAUUACGCAUAAACCGGCCCAUACAAGACAGCUGAUAUCUUGUACUUGGACAUUUGUGGACUUAUAUAAAAAAAAAAAUCCAACGAGGAGUGAAACCAUUGAGAAAACUGCAGAAUCGCAUGAAUGAGCCGCUCGGAUCUCCUUUCGCAGCUCAAAUCACUUCUAGCUCGGACUAUUUUUGCUCAACACAACGAGGAGCAUUGCCUCUUCAGUUUUACGCAUUAUAUUUGUAGUAUUUUGUGUCGGGCCCUGGUCUCGUUGCAUUGCUUCAGUCUCUGACGCGAUCGCAGCGCAGACGUCGAUCUUCUAUGAAUCAUUUUUAACCCAAAACGUCCCGGAUUCAAGGCGCAUUUACGCAGAAUCCAACUGGAGCUCGCGAUUUCUUUCCUUAUUGGAUUUGUUUAACGUGUUUUUUUCUCACAUUACGUUUGUUUUUUACACGCCACUGGACUUGAAUGUUUUGUUUAUGAACCUAUCUCAACCUCUCGUGUAACAUUGCAUUCGUGGUUUCUUUUCGCUCCGGAGAAGACCCAGUCGCUCGCACAUUCUUCACGAUGUUGGACAAACUACGGCCCGCGGGUCAGAUCGAGUCGUCGGUGGCGCACGGGCGGACGGUCGCGUGGCUCCGGGAGCAGAUGGACUCCCGGCGCGAGGGCCUGCUCCUCAUGGACUGCAGAGCGCAAGAACUGUACGAGUCCUCUCACGUACAGAGCGCGAUCAACGUGGCCAUCCCGAGUCUCAUGCUGCGGCGGCUGAAGAAGGGAAACCUGCCCGUGCGCGCGCUUCUGUCCAACGGGGAAGACCGGGAGAAGUUCGUGCGCCGGUGCAAAACGGACACGAUCGUUUUGUAUGAUGAGUACAGCCGCGAGUUUAACGAGAACACGGACGGAGGCUCGGUGCUGGGGCUGCUGCUCAAGAGAAUGAAAGAUGAGGGAUACAAGGCGUUCUACCUGGAAGGAGGCUUCAGUAAGUUCCAUGCCGAGUACCCGUCCCUGUGUGAGACUAACCUGGAAGGCUGCCCUCCCUGCGGCUCCCCCUCGGCUCCCGUCCUGGGGCUGUGCGGACUCAGGAUCAGCUCGGAUUCUUCGGACAUCGAGUCGGAUAUAGACCCCAGCAGCGCCACAGACAGAGAAUCCACAGACUGCAGCCCAUUGUCGAACCCUCCUUCUUCCUUCCCGGUGGAGAUCUUGCCUCACCUGUACCUGGGCUGCGCUAAAGACGCUACAAACCUAGACGUUCUAGAGGAGCACGGCAUCAGAUACAUCCUGAACGUGACCCCGAACCUUCCCAACCUGUUUGAGAACGCGGGCCAGUUCAAGUACAAGCAGAUCCCCAUCUCUGACCACUGGAGCCAAAACCUGUCCCAGUUCUUCCCAGAGGCCAUCAGCUUCAUCGACGAAGCUCGUGGCCAGAAGUGUGGCGUCCUGGUUCACUGUUUGGCCGGGAUCAGUCGCUCGGUAACUGUUACCGUGGCGUACCUGAUGCAGAAGCUCCACCUCUCCAUGAACGACGCCUACGACAUCGUCAAAACCAAAAAGUCCAACAUUUCGCCCAAUUUCAACUUCAUGGGACAGCUCCUGGACUUUGAACGCACGCUCGGAGUAAACAGCCCCUGCGACAACAGGAUAACAACAGCCAAUCAGCAGCUGUAUUUCACCACGCCGACCAAUCACAACGUCUUCCAGCUGGACCCCAUCCAGUCCACGUGAAAUUCACACUGGAAAUUUUGAAAUUCUCUGAAAAUCGGCAGAAAUUUUCACUUUUUGAGUCGUCUGUUGUCACGGCGAUUUUUCGGCAGUUUGGGGCGAAGUUUAGUUUGAAAGCCACCACUCGGUUUUGCAAAACUAAACUAAGAAUUUGGAGAAGUUGCUAUGGACAAUUUGAGACUUUUGCUGCGAAGUUGCUACAGUUGGGCGUGCCAAAGACAUGCGGACUUAAAUCACAAAAAUCUACUUCUGGAUUUUGACAUUUUGGGGUGAAAAUCCUCCAGAACUUGACACGUGUCUUCCGUGAAGACUUGCCUCAGCUUUACUUUAGCACCAAUGAACUUUUUCCUUAAGUGGAGUGUUUGAAUCAUUUGUACAUUGUCUAUAAAUCAUAUUCUUAGACAUUAAAGCCUUCUGGGAACUUUAUAUUAUAGCCUCUGUGAUGAUCAGUAUGUUGAGAUUAUUAUGCCAAAAAUCAAAUCGGCUUUCGUUAAAGGGCCCGUAUUACACUAUUAUCUGUUGUCUGUUAUAAAGCUGUUUCCUCAUCACAAACCUGGAGUUCUUCUCUUAAACUGAAAACACUCUGUUCCACCUUGUGAUGUCAUCAAGUGGUAAUACAGGAAGUGCUCCACUGUGUUUUUAAACUCCACACACCUUCACUAGAAUCAUUUGGAUAAUUUCAGUCCUGGAAUUGCCAAUCUCUACUGAACUAAAGGUAAAAAGAGCUGUUAAUGUGAAAACUACCACAUUAUGACAUCACAAGGUGGAACAGAGCAUUUUGAGCUUUGGAGAUGUAACAGACUAAUAAUAAAGUGUUACUCAAACAUGUGAAUGAAAUAAAGACAACUCCAGGUCUGUUUUUGAUGAAGUAACAACUUUAUAACAUGACUUAAAGCUCAGAAGAGUCAGUUUUCUGUAAUAUAGGGCCUUUAAAGGUGCACUGCGGAACUUAACUGGUGGACGGUGCGCUUCCUUGCUCGUAUUCCACAGUAUGGCAUUCAACCUAUCCAAGGGUUCAAGGGUUCAUACUGCGGAACAUUCCAGACAAAACAAUAACCGUGGAGACAAGCAGGUGGCCAGAAAAGUUCCACAGUGCAGCUUUGAACUUGUGUAUUCUGUAUUAUUAUGUAAUAUAUUUGCUUUAUAUGGACCUGGGUCUAUUUGGCAUAGUUUCUUUCUUCUUUCACAAAAUCAUGUUGGAAAAGCCAGAAACUCAGAAAUUUGGCACCAGAUUUUAAAUCAUAUUCAACAAUUGUUUGAAAUUUUGAAACUAUAAUUUGAAGUUUUUGGUGCAGAUUUCUGUGUUUUAGUUUUGGAUGUGUGGAUGACAAAAGCCUUUCAGGGAUUAUGUCUGUUUUUUUUGGGAGAUUUUGAAAAAGAAAGAUUUUGAAUGGGUUUUCUAUGGCGUCCCCUCACUCUCCUGAAUGUACAAAGAUGAUAACUUAUUAAUAAAUUGCUAUUUUGAUUACAUAA